AUGCCCGUGCCCAAGCCAUCCAAGAAGCAGCGUGGAAAGCUGAAGUCCCUCAAGACCAAGAAAGAGCCGGCGAAGACGCACGUCAAGUUCGAUGACAAUGGCGAUAAAGUCGUACCUAAGAAACGUGCACGUGUCAUCACGACGAAAGAAGCUGGGGAGACGAACGAAGGUGGCGGUAAGUCCGAUCGAUCACCGGACGCAAUCCAACAGGCGAAUUACUAUCUCGAGCAGUGGCAGAAACGUGACGAACCAAAGUCCGAUGACGAGCUGCCAUGGAAGUUCAAAAAAAUCAAGCAACAGUGGAUUCUGCACUGGAUGUAUGAGGCAGACGUUGUACCCAAGUCCAUGUUUGCUGUUGUGCUGCAGUAUCUGGACGGAAUCCAAGGCGCUGCACGCGAGCGUGUGGCAGAUAAAGCGCAAAGUAUCAUUGACAUUGGCGUUCCGUCGAAAGAGGAAGAAAACGCAGCGGCGGGAGAACAGGAAAAAAUGCUCAGUAUCAAGCUCGCUCGGCGACGUUACAAGCGUGCUCUGCAAGUGGCCGAGCUGCUGGCUUAA